CUCCGCAGCAUUUCCGUUACUUCCGCCUUCGUCAGCCAGCUAAGGAGGAGGCGAGCCAUCUGAACGCCACUAGGGUUCACGGAACCGAUGUGAGCGCACGCCGCCCGAAGCACGGACUGCGAACGGACGCCGAACCGCUCCACAAUGUGAAGCUGCUGGAGAGUUCAAGCUUUUGAUUUCACUUCCUGAAAAUGGAUUAUGAGGAUUCACCAAUGGGAUUUCGCCGCUAAGUAGCUGCUUUUAAUUGUCCAGCAACAUGCUUUGUCGCCAUGGGAUGACAGUUCAGUGAGUCUUUGGCUGCUGGUGUUUUCGCUGAUAUGCCCAGAAAAAGGAAUUAUUUUAAACAAUAACCAACAGCUUUCUAGUAUAAAGUGGCACAGCCAUGGGCUUCUGUUCAUCUGCCUUCAAGAUUUUGUGGAGAACGAAGUACUUUGUGCUGCUCGUUCUCUCGCUGUCGGUCCUCGCAUGGAUAACAGCCUUUUCAGGUGAAACUGUGAAAUCGGUCUUAGUUUCUUCUGCCACGACACAAACUCAUGUCAAAGGAGACGGUCAAGGGGAUAAACUUCAUUCAAGGACAGGAGUGCCUGAUGACCUAAAUACUCCACCACGAAAGGUGGAUUGCCCCAAGGUCUCUCCUCUGCUACAGGGAGCCGUGAAACUGUCCUUUGACUCUUGUCUGACUUUGAAAGCUGUGGUGACGGAAAAUGAGAAUGUGACAGAGGGCGAGUAUGAGCCCUCUGACUGUGCAGCGAGGCAGAGCGUGGCGAUCCUCAUCCCGCAUCGUAACCGAGAAAGACAUCUCCUCUACCUCCUGCAUCACUUGCACCCAUUUCUGCAGAGGCAGCAACUACACUACGCCAUUUAUGUCAUCCAGCAGGCUGGCGAUGCAACAUUUAACCGCGCCAAGUUACUAAACAUUGGAUACUUGGAGGCGUUGAAGGACUACAAUUUUGAGUGUUUCAUAUUCCAUGAUGUGGACCUUGUUCCUGAAAAUGAUCAUAACUUGUAUGUCUGCGAGGACCAGCCCAAACACUUGGUGGUUGGUCGGAACGCGACAGGAUAUAAGUUGCGUUACAAAGGUUACUUUGGAGGAGUCACUGCUUUGACCAGAGAACAGUUUCUUCAAGUGAAUGGAUUCUCGAAUACAUACUGGGGUUGGGGGGGAGAAGAUGAUGAUCUUCGCAUCAGAGUUGAGCUGCAAAAAAUGAAGAUUGUGCGGCCUCCUGCAGAUAUAGCUCGAUAUACCAUGGUGUUUCACAAGCGGGACAGUGGCAAUGAAAUUAACAAAGACAGGAUGAAGCUGUUAGGACGAACACCACAGGUAUGGAGGAAGGACGGACUGAACAGCUGCUCCUAUAGGACUCUGUCAAUAGACAGACUUCCUCUUUACGUCAACGUUACUGUGGACAUUGGUAAACCGUAGAGUUUACAGCUGAAACAAAAAAAAAAAAAAGGAAAAAAAGUCUUGCUGUGACCAAAAAGCCCCGGUUCCUCAUACAAAGUUAAGUUCUUUCCAUUGAGUUCAGAAAAGGUGCAACAUGUGUGGGGAAAAUUCCAUUUCAGCAACACCAAAUACACAUGAGUUUGAUUUUAAGACUGAACUUACCUGACACAUUUCUCCAUAUCAUGCUGCCUUCAUCUUUUGAUACUGAUCUAAGCCUGCAGAUUUUGUUUUUCUACUGGGGAAUGAUUAGCUCAGUUAAAUAGUUUGGCUCUUACUUGUUCCUUCUAUGAACCGUCCAGUUGAAACUUCUGUUUAAUCUUUCAGUGAUGAACACAAUGCAUAUUGCGUGCCUUGUUUUCCUUCCGAACGUGCACACACAUCCAGUGUAGGUUGUGUGCUUCUUUAAGUUAAUAUGUUAAUGUCCUGAAGUUCAAUCCAUCCUUUUUUAGACCACUUUAUCCUGUUCAUGGCACUGGAGCCAAUCCCAUCUGACUGUGUGUGAGGGCAGGAUACACACACUCGAUGAAAGAGUUCAUGUUUGGGCUCGGUUUUGGAGCCACUCGAAGACAUAAAGAUGUUUAAUAUAUCCAUUUUGGGGCGCUUUGACACAUAUAGGAUAACUAACAGAGAAUCUGGUCAGCAGGUUUGUGAAGAGUAAAAUACAGUAUGCUGAUGACAGGCAGAAGACUGAAACUAAAAUUCCUCAAUCCAAAUCCACUAAGUUUAUACUGUCAUGUUAUCGGUCUGUUUGGAGGUCCGACUGAGCUAUUAUCUGUACCAGUUCAUCCUUGAUCACUCAGUUUUGUGGGUAAAAAUGUGAAGUGAUGAACCAGCAGACAAAUCCAGAGUGUGGAAUACUUAAGCAAUAGUAAUUAUAUCUGUAGAGCUCAUUGUAUUUAUUUGUAACAAUGUAUAAUUAUGAAGAUGAAGAGUAUGUGAACAUUGGAGGUGAAUUUUACAGCAGUUUUUACUUGUUACAAUGAGAAAAGCAAAGCUCGGAUUUAAGACUCUGUAACAUAUUUUGUUCAAUCGGCUCAUUAUUGUUACUAAUAACUGAUGCUUUUUUUUUUUUUUACUUUGUUUUACCAACAUUUUUGUGAUAAAAGGGAUAAAAAAUGUUUUGGAUUUGGCUUCAGUAGGUACUAAAAACCUGAAGUAUGGUUACUGUUUUUGGUAAUAUGAAUUUAAAAUAUUUUUCAAUGUGUGGAAUUCAAAAACCUUGACCCCUAUCGAUGUUAUAGUUCCAAAAAGUAUUUUUUGUGAGCCAUCAUAACAAGGAUAAAUCUACUGCACACUUUUAAAUGGAAUUACCUGUGAUAGUUUUGGGCGGGAUCAAUUGGAGCUAUGCUAUUUAUCACUUUCAUUUAUCUUUUAAACGGUCAAGUUCUUUCCAGAGCAUUAUGACUGUGGAGGAAAACAGUUGUUCUAGCAUGCUUUGAUUAUUGCAUGCUCCUUAGAAAUGUGUCUGAUGCACAUAUCCAGUUUGCUACAUACAUUUUUUCUUUAUAGCUGUUGCUAUGCUGCAAACACUAAUUCCACCAAGACUGAGCAAUAUGUGAGAUGAUACUGACAAGUGUUUACCUUAUUUACUCAUUAUACACAGUAAAUUUUCCAGUGUUAAAUUAACUCUGAAAGUGUUAAAGAGUGGAUCCAUAUAUACCCUUUUGCGGUGUUAAAAAUCAACACUGGCCAGUGUUAAUUUUGUAAUGCUGACACUCUGUGGAGUUCUAUCAACACUCCUCUCUGUUCACCAGUGUUCAUAUUUAACUCUAUACAGUGUUAAUUCUGAGAAUGAACACUUUAAAUUGUAUAUUUUAACACUUACAUUUAACACUACAACAGUGUUUAUUUGAGUCCACUCCUUAACACUUUCAGAGUUAAAUCAACACUGGAAAAUUUACUGUGUAUAUUCAUGGCUGCCACACUAGAGUUGCACACUAGUUAGAAGCUGCUGUGAAUCAGAAUGAUGUGCGUCAUUAUGUCGUCAGGAAGCUGAACAACUCCGUAAAUCUGCAGUAUGCUGUUGUCCACAUCAGUACUUGGGUUGUAUGUUCUUGGUGGUCCGAAAAUUUUCCGAUUGCAUCUGCAUUUCGUAAUGAAUGUUUUUUUUUGUUUUUUUUUUCUAUUUUUGUGCUCACACAUUUUUAUAUACGAGUAUAUUUAAAGAGGCAGGCUAAAUUACAACAUAUCUGCAUGAUUUCAUAAAAUGAUCAACUCCAAGUAAAUCAGUUUCACUUGAUCAUAUUGUAGCAUCAAGAAAUUAACUUUGUUCAGAAUUUGUACUUGGACAUUUCUGUGAAUUAUGCAAUAGAUUUGUUUUGAACAGGUUCUUCUUUUCCUCUCUAGAGGAUAUCUGUCAUGUUUGUUAGUGGGAACAGACCAAUCAUGGCAUUACUUUCCUUGAGGACAAAUGUAUAAUAAAUAGUAUUUUUUUCUUAUCAA